AUGCCACCAACACAAACUGAAGUCUUGACUGAGCCAGCUUCUAAGGGAUACGUCAUGGGCGAAAGGGGUUCCCAUAACAUCGCUAAAGGUUUGCCCCACCCAUACCCAGUGCCUAAGUUUGCAACCAAGGAAGAAGAGAGAACUUGGGCUAAACAGCAUAUGGCUGCCGCUUUCCGUGUUUUUGCACGUAAGGGAUUUACUGAAGGCACUGCUGGUCACAUUUCUUUAAGAGAUCCCGUUGAUCCAUCUACAUUCUGGUUGAACCCUUUGGCUAAACACUUUGGGCUUAUUAAGGCCUCUGACUUGGUGCAUAUCGACGAGGAAGGUAACGUUUUGCCUGACGGUCCUCAAAGCGCUGUGAACGCUGCUGGGUUUGCUAUUCACGCUGCUGUUCACAAGUACAGACCUGACGUCAUGGCUGCUUGUCAUACUCAUUCCGUCUAUGGUAAGACUUUCAGUGCCUUGGGCAGGCCCUUGGACAUGAUCAACCAAGACGUCUGCAUGUUCUAUAAGAGCCACGGUGUGUACACCGACUUCGGAGGUGUGGCGCUCGAGGAGCAGGAAGGUAAAGACAUUGCCGAUUCAUUGGGUAACGGAAAGGGUAUAAUCUUGCAGAAUCACGGUCUUCUUACUGUGGGCCAGACCGUUGACGAAGCCGCUUACUUGUUUUGUCUCAUGGAGAGAAGCUGCCAGUGCCAGCUUAUGGCUGAGGCUGCCUUGAGACCAGGCGAAAAGUUGAAGAUCAUUGGCGACGAGGUCGCUGCCUACACCGAAUAUAUGACUGCUGAUUCAGAAACGCUCUACACAGAGUUCCAGCCAGACAUGGAGAUGGAAAUCAAGUACGACAGGGAGUUUUUGGAUUAG